UGUGACAACGCAAAAGGGUUGAAAGCCUUCUAUGAUGCAAUAAAAUAUGGGCCGAACCAUCUGAUGGUGUUUGGAGGUGUCUGCCCGUCCGUCACUUCCAUCAUCGCCGAGUCCCUCCAAGGCUGGAAUCUGGUGCAGCUUUCUUUUGCUGCAACCACGCCUGUGCUGGCGGAUAAGAAAAAGUACCCUUAUUUCUUCCGGACGGUGCCGUCGGACAAUGCAGUGAACCCGGCCAUCCUGAAGCUGCUGAAGCACUACCGCUGGCGGCGCGUGGGCACACUCACGCAGGACGUGCAGCGCUUCUCUGAGGUGAGGAACGACCUGACCGGGGUUCUGUAUGGGGAGGACAUCGAGAUCUCAGAUACUGAGAGCUUCUCCAAUGACCCCUGCACCAGCGUCAAAAAACUGAAGGGGAACGACGUACGAAUCAUCCUUGGCCAGUUUGACCACCACAUGGCGGCGAAGGUGUUCUGCUGUGCCUUCGAGGAAAACAUGUAUGGCAGCAAGUACCAGUGGAUCAUCCCCGGCUGGUACGAGCCGUCCUGGUGGGAGCAGGUGCACACAGAGGCAAACUCAUCCCGCUGCCUGCAGAAGAACCUGCUAGCUGCCAUGGAGGGCUACAUUGGCGUGGAUUUUGAGCCCCUGAGCUCCAAGCAGAUCAAGACCAUCUCAGGAAAGACUCCACAGCAGUAUGAGAGAGAAUACAACAGCAAGCGGUCGGGCGUGGGGCCCAGCAAGUUCCACGGUUACGCCUAUGAUGGCAUCUGGGUCAUCGCUAAGACGCUGCAGAGGGCCAUGGAGACGCUGCACGCCAGCAGCCGGCACCAGCGGAUCCAGGACUUCAACUACACGGACCACACGCUGGGCAGGAUCAUCCUUAACGCCAUGAACGAGACUAACUUCUUCGGGGUCACGGGUCAAGUUGUGUUCCGGAAUGGGGAGAGAAUGGGGACCAUUAAAUUUACUCAGUUUCAAGACAGCCGGGAGGUGAAGGUAGGCGAGUACAACGCUGUGGCUGACACACUGGAGAUCAUCAAUGACACCAUCAGGUUCCAAGGAUCUGAGCCGCCAAAGGACAAGACCAUCAUCCUGGAGCAGCUACGGAAGAUCUCCCUCCCUCUCUACAGCAUCCUCUCAGCCCUCACCAUCCUCGGCAUGGUCAUGGCCAGCGCCUUCCUCUUCUUCAACAUCAAGAACCGUAACCAGAAGCUGAUCAAGAUGUCAAGUCCCUACAUGAACAACCUUAUAAUUCUUGGGGGCAUGCUGUCCUACGCGUCCAUAUUUCUCUUUGGCCUCGAUGGAUCCUUUGUCUCAGAAAAGACCUUUGAAACGCUUUGCACGGUCAGAACCUGGAUUCUCACCGUGGGCUACACCACUGCCUUUGGGGCCAUGUUUGCAAAGACUUGGAGGGUCCACGCCAUCUUCAAAAAUGUGAAAAUGAAAAAGAAGAUCAUCAAGGACCAGAAGCUGCUGGUGAUCGUGGGGGGCAUGCUGCUGAUCGACCUGUGCAUCCUCAUAUGCUGGCAGGCCGUGGACCCCCUGCGGAGGACGGUGGAAAGGUACAGCAUGGAGCCGGACCCAGCAGGACGGGACAUCUCAAUCCGCCCACUCCUGGAACACUGCGAAAACACCCACAUGACCAUCUGGCUUGGCAUCGUCUAUGCCUACAAGGGGCUUCUCAUGCUGUUCGGUUGUUUCCUAGCCUGGGAGACCCGCAACGUCAGCAUCCCCGCUCUCAACGACAGCAAGUACAUCGGGAUGAGCGUCUACAACGUGGGAAUCAUGUGUAUCAUUGGCGCCGCUGUCUCCUUCCUGACCCGGGACCAGCCCAAUGUGCAGUUCUGCAUCGUGGCUCUGGUCAUAAU